CUACUUUACAACGAAAUCCGAAUUUGCAGAGCCGGCCCGAUAAUUUUAAUUACCAAAACAACCCAACCGGUAAAUGAAACACCAAACCCAAAUGUCUUCGGUAAAUCUUAUCGCCAGCCGUCACCGUCACUGUCACCAACCCACGUUGUUUUAAUUUCCCGUCGAACCAAAAACCGGUAACAUUUGUCCGUGAGGUAGAAAAGAAAAUAGUUUUUUUAAAAUUUUUUUUGCCGUGUCCGUUCAAAAGUCGUCAGGCACGCAUAAUAUUAACGCCCGUCAUUAAAUUCGGCCGGUCAACCUAACAAACGCACAGCCCUAAAUCAAACAACCCUCUUUUCCUCUAUAGCCUUCUCUCCCUCUCUCUCUCCUCUCUCUCUUCCGCACUUUCUCUCUCACAUAGUCACACACUACCGCUUGAUUUCUUAUCAGAUCGGAGAAACGGCGAACACCGACAUGGAAGACGACGAGGAAGUUCAGUCUCAUCCGUCGGGAGGGAGCAGAUCUCCAUCUCCGGGGUCUUCCACAACCCCUCCGCCGUCCUCGCGCUCCAACGGGAGGAUAACGGUGACGGUGGCUGCAGUGCCGCAGCAGACACAGUCUCAGAACAACAACAACAACAACACCUUGACUCUGGCUUUGCCCAUACAGCGCGGCAACAGCCAGCAGCAAUCGGCGGGGACGAAGGCUGCCGGAGGUAGCGGCGGCGGCGGCGGUGGAGGAGGAAGGGAAGACUGCUGGAGCGAAGGGGCGACCUCGGUUUUAAUCGACGCUUGGGGUGAAAGGUACCUGGAGCUCAGCCGGGGAAAUCUGAAGCAGAAGCACUGGAAAGACGUCGCCGACAUAGUUAGCAGCCGGGAUGAUUACAAAAAGACCCCCAAAACUGAUAUUCAGUGCAAGAACCGAAUUGAUACGGUUAAGAAGAAAUACAAGGUGGAGAAAGCCAAGAUCGCAUCCGGCGGUGGGCCCAGUAAGUGGCCAUUCUACGAAAGGCUUGAUCAUCUCAUUGGUCCUUCAGGUAAGGUAAUCUCAGGCCCUUCUUCCUCGUCUGCAGGCCUGCUGCCGUACUCUGGUAGUGGUGGUGGUGGUGGUAAUAAUAGUCAAAGAGUACCCAUGGGGAUUCCGAUGGGAGUUAGAUCAGCUCCCCCUGCUCAGCUCCGGCAACCGAAACAUCAGCAGCUGUUUAGAAAACGGCAGCAGCCAGAUUCCGACGAGGACUCCGACGACGAGGAGUCAGAACCAGAACCAGAGCCCUUCCGGAACUACACAGCUGAUGAUUUUCCUCCGGACAGGAAGCGGCCGAGGAUGGUGAUGACUCCAUUGAUGCCUCAUAAUUCGAGGACGGUGGUUCCCAGUAACAAAGAUGUCCUGAAAAAAAGGGAUCUUGGAGCCGGGGAGAAGAAGAACUAUUCUGAGAGUCCAAAUUCAGAUUCGGUGAAUGAAUUGACUCAAGCGAUACUGAAAUUCGGGGAAGCUUACGAGCAGGCGGAGACCUUAAAGCUACAGCAAUUGGUGGAAAUGGAGAAGCAGAGGAUGAAAUUCGUAAAAGAGAUGGAAUUGCAGAGAAUGCAGUUCUUCAUGAAGACGCAGUUGGAGCUUUCACAGCUUAAAAGCAGUACUAGUAAUAGUAGUAGUGGCGAUGGUGGCGGUCCUGGGAGGAGGGUGGUUGGAAACAGUAACAAUCACCACAACCACCACCGGGGUAGUAGUAAUAAUAAUGCCAGUAACAACAAUAUUGGUGCUGCCAAUCACAAUGCCAAUGACAACAUAAGUGAUAGCAGUAAUUGAGUGAUGGUGAGGAUGUUGUUGAUUGUAGGUGUAAUCUUUUUAGGUUUAAUGGUUUUAGUUAGUAUGCAUUGAUCCUGUUUUCUUAUGUAGAAGUGGAAGUAUUGACCCAUCUGUUGUGGAAUUGACAAAGUGUAUACCUGAAUCAGUAGCUUUUAAGGAAACAUCUGUUGUAGCCUGAAUUAGUUGUCUUUCAUGAUUGGAUAAGUUAUUAUCAUUCAAUGCUCAAACUGGAAUCUGUGUGUUAUCUUUAUGGUUAGAAUGGUUCCAUUUUGAUCUGUUUUUUUCUCUGGUGAGGAGUGGAGGGUUGGGAAUCUGCAUAUUGCCUCCAGCAGUGACUCAAGCCCUCAACCUGUCUUGUAAAAGGGGAUGGCUGUGUAUGUGUCUUUCUGAUAAGAGUAAUUCAGGGUUUCAGGGGUGAAGAUACUGCGCUUUUAGCCUUAUUCCAAAGGGGCUUGUGUCAUCCUGACCAAUUUAAGGACAUUCACGGGAUGCUACUUGCAUAACCUCUUCCUAUUUGUGAAGGGCGUUCUCCGGAAACUUUCUGCAAUGUCGAAUUCUAUAUUAAGCAUUGGGGAAUUCAGAAGAAAGGAAUGUGUCGAAUUCAUAUGCUGCAGAAUUGCAUAUGCACAUAUCUCUGGUAGUGGUUCGAGCUUCCUAAAGUAGUGAACCAAUAUAGUAUAACCAAAUAGCUACCAAUGAUGUUCAGCAGAUUUGCGGAGUUAGGAAAUGUAGUGAGUUUUCAGUACACAUCUCGCAACAUAGGGAUCUUUCGGGUGUGGAUCUCUGUCUCGAUUGGAGUCCAGAAUCAUUCUCCAUUUCUCCUACUUUUUUAAUGUAAAGAGUGUAGACGUUACAACAAUAACUGCUAGGGUGGUUUCAAACUUUCAAUUAAUUGUUUCUCUUUAUGUCGGUAUUGCCCAGUGGAACGAGCUGCAUUGGCAGAAACAACUGCAGCAGACCUUUGAAGAAAGAUUGGUCCAGUUUCCGUCUUCGACACACAGGUAGAGGAAGACCCCGUUUCUGUGUCCAUGAGCCAUGGCUGAAGUUGAUCAUCAUUCAGGCACCAGCCCACGGAGUUUUCUUCUUCUCUUUCUUGCUGCUUCUUUAUAUAGCUGCUAACAGCAUCCUUUUCCCAGAAACUAGAGUAAUCCCCCAUUUAAAUGUCGAAAAUGAUCAACAAAAGAAUGCGAGAUCAUCAUCAAUGUAAAACCUCUAGCAAGUCGCCAAUUAAAUCAUGAAAUAUACAAUUUAUGGCGCGCUGAU